AAUUGUACUAUUGUAGAUCAUGAACCGUUGAAUAUAAAAAGAACUCAUUGAAAUCGGUUGUGAAAUGUAAACUUUAUGGUGCGCUAUUUUUUUCUUUUUUUCUUUUUUACACACCAUUCUUGCCCGGUCAAAUAUGGCGGUGACGUCGACGUACGGUCCAGCGGCCGAUGCGCCUUUCCGUACCCUGCCCUCCGACUCGCUGUUUUACCACACCGCCCCCAGUGUUUCGACUGAGUACGUCUACAUCGGUGGUGCCGUGAUAUUGAGAGGUCACGUUUACAAUAAAAGAAAGCCAGGAUGUCUGGAGAGCUGUCCCUGGACAUUAACAUCAAGGAACCACGAUGGGAUCAGGGCACGUUCAUGGGGCGUGCGCAGCACUUCUUCAUGGUCACCGACCCCAGAAACAUCCUGCUGUCCUCUGAGACUCUGGAGGAGGCCAGAGGGAUUGUGGAGAACUACAGAGCUGGUGUAAUAAAGCCUGGCCUUACAGAGGAUGAACUCUGGAGGGCCAAGUAUAUCUACGACUCUGCCUUCCACCCUGACACCGGGGAAAAGAUGUUUGUUAUUGGCAGAAUGUCUGCUCAGGUGCCAGUGAACAUGUCCAUCACAGGCAGCAUGCUCACCUUUUACAGGACUACUCCGGCGGUGGUGUUCUGGCAGUGGGUUAACCAGUCCUUCAACGCUGUGGUCAACUACACCAACCGUAGUGGAGACGCCCCCAUCACCGUAAAUCAGCUGGGUGCAGCCUACGUCAGCGCCACAACAGGAGCCGUUGUCACAGCCCUGGGACUCAAGUCUCUGGCCACGCGUCUCCCUCCAAUCAUGAGCCGGUUUGUCCCAUUUGCUGCUGUCGCUGCUGCCAAUUGCAUCAACAUCCCUUUCAUGAGGCAAAGGGAACUAAAAUGCGGCAUUCCGGUGACAGAUGAGAACGGGAACAGGUUGGGAGAGUCAGUCAGCGCAGCUAAACAAGCCAUUGUUCAGGUGGUAGUGUCACGAAUCGGCAUGGCAGUGCCAGCUAUGGCCAUUCCCCCGGUUAUUAUGAAUGCACUGGAAAAGAGAGCUUUCAUGAAGCGGUUUCCAUUCCUAAAUGCUCCAGUCCAGGUGGGACUGGUGGGGCUUUGCCUGGUGUUUGCAACUCCAUUGUGCUGUGCCCUGUUCCCCCAGAAGAGUUCUAUGGGUGUGGGCAGUCUGGAACCAGAUCUACAGGAGAGGAUACGAAAGGCCAGUCCUCAAACUACCACGGUGUACUUCAACAAGGGCCUGUGGCGCCGCAUAUAACUGGCUGCUCAUGUUACAGGCACCCUGGCCUUUUGCACGUACAUAGCACAGAGGUGUGCAACAUUGUGAUGCAGGUGAGAGCUUAUCUCUCAGUUUGAGUUUUCGAUCAUAGGCACUAAUUAGUUGGUUUUUGCAUUUCAGCUUGAUCAUUUUAUAAUUACCACAUACAAACACUACAUUCUCAUAAGCUGUCAAUCCAGUGUAACAGUCUGAUUACUUUUCAGCCUCUUUGGUAGAUAAUCUGCCGACAGCCUCCAUUCAUAGGAAACCUAGUCACUGAAUUCAGUUUGCGCCGCCAUGCUUUCCAGUGCUUAUGUCGAUCAGAGAUGAUAAGGUUGUGUGAGAAGCACAAGACAUCAUUGUUACUCAAACUAAAAGCCAGUUUUACUUGCAGCACUCCAGACAUUUGUCCUUUGUUUGGUGUGACUUUGUCCCUCUGUCAGUGUGUGUAAUGGUUAUUGUGUUUUGUAUGAGGGAAGGCUCUCAUGCCGUGUGUGAAACUACACAACGACUUUUGCGGUGCUCAUGUGGAAGUUGGAUGUGGCUUUUAAAGAAGAGGUGAAUAUAUGGACCACCUUUUGAAUGUGUAUUUGAAAUCGUUUUAUUUUUUCCUUUGCUGUGCUUUCUGAUGUCUAUUUUGGAUGGAUAACUGUGGCCCUGCUCAUUAGCAGCUCAUUCAGUAGUUCCUAGCUUUCAUUACUUGCAGCCAUUUAGCUUAGUUCCUGAGAUUUUCCGUUGACGUUUUACUUUUCCUCUUUAUGGAAGAACUUGCGGCACUUAAAUGUCAAGAACAAAAGAGAAGGGUUAAGCCAGGGUUUUUGUGAAUGUACAGUACCAUCAUAGCAUAUCACACCCACUGAUCUAGCCAAAGAGACAGACAUGAAUUGUACCGGGGUAACGGAAAGAAGUGUAUAUCUUUUCAACUUUUUGCUUUAUCCUUAUUUCGCAGAAUUCUCCAAAGCUUUCAUUAUGCAACUUUUUUUUUUUUAGUCACAAUGGUGAUUCUCAACAUCUCGUCCAUGUCAACACACACACACCCAUCAAUGCCACCUUCAUUAUGGCAAAGUCUCAGCAUAUCUGACCUCAUUCCACGGUUAUCAGUGAACCAGAGCCACUGAUGCAUGCCAUAGAAACUGCCACAACAUCUAUUCAUGCUCGCAGCACAAAUAGAAAGACGACCUAUGUUAUGGCUACACUCCAUAUCCGUUUUCUUCUUAGUUAACAGUGUGCACACACAACCCUGUUAUAUCCAAAUACUCCUGUCAGUAUUGCUGAGCAGUACCUGUUCUCUCCUUUUAUUUUGUGCUGUGUUGAAAGACGAUUCCUUACAAUGAAAUGUAUUUACUGAGAGCAAUAGAAUAAAGUACAUAACUGAA